AUGACAGCUUCUACGAUUCACGGCACAACGCCCGGAACCGCCAUUGCCAAAGACAUAACUGCUUUGGACCCACCAAUUGUGCCACUAACAUAUCAUGGAUCGACGGACACCGAGAAACCACACUCUUUAUACCGAGACAUAGAUUCAAGGAGUCUGACAGACCAAGAUGUCUCGUACCCGGAAGGUGGCAAAGGCUGGUUGGUCGUGUUUGGGUCUNUUUGCGGCAUGCUUGCAGCUCUAGGACUUAUGAACUCGAUAGAAUACUGGCAUUUUAUGCUUUGCUUUGGAGUUCUUGGGGGCAUUGGAACGAGUUUGAUAUUCACUCCCGCUGUCUCCAGUAUAUCUCAUUGGUUCAUGGUAAGACGUGGUAACGCGACUGGUGUUGCAGCGACCGGCGGCGCCGUCGGUGGUGUCAUCUUUCCUCUAAUGCUACAGAACCUUUUUCCAAAAGUCGGCUGGGAGUGGGCUACACGCAUUCAAGGCUUCAUCUAUGUUGGUCUUCUCCUCAUGGCAAAUCUCUUCAUACGCUCACGGCUGCCGCCCAAGCCUGGUGGCAGCGUGUUGCCUGACUUCAGGAUUUUCCGAGACAUACCUUUCGCCUUGACCACGGUUGGGGUCUUUUUCGCUGAGUGGGGACUGUUCAUCCCAAUCUCGUAUCUGACGUCCUACGCAUUGAGCUCUGGUGCUUUCAGCACAACGUUUGCGUAUCAGCUCAUUGCCAUCUUCAAUGCUGGAUCGGUCAUUGGCAGAUGGGCACCGGGGUAUCUUGCAGACAAGGCAGGAAGAGUAAACCUAAUGAUCGUUUGCCUGAUCCUUUGUGCUCUGUCGUCAAUGGGUCUCUGGCUUCCAGCGACAGUCCUUUCCGCGUCUGGCGGUAGUAGUGACUCGACGAUUUUGGGCUUGACUAUCGCAUUUGCCAUUCUCUUCGGAUUUGGCUCUGGAUCCAACAUCAGCCUCACGCCCGUGUGUGUUGGUCAAAUGUGCCACACUGAAUCAUAUGGCAGAUAUUNNGUACACAGCACUUGCUACACAAUUGUAUCGCUCGGCACACUCACAGGUCUACCAAUUGCGGGAGUACUGCUUGAAGCAUGCAACGGAGAGUAUUGGGGCCUUGUCCUGUUCACGGGCCUGUGCUACAUCAUCAGCUACGUUGCAUUCUCUUGGGUCAGAGUGAUGAAGCAAGGAUGGGGUUUGAGGAAGGUAUAUUGA